AUGGAUCCAUCUUGGCCAAAAUACCAGCUUCCUAAGGCGAAUCGCGACCUACUUUUUCAGUUUUACUGCAAUAAUUUGGAGAAAACUGUGAAGUAUUUCAAAGCGGAGAUGGAGGACCUGCAGGUGAUUGCGGAAAUCAGAGCUUUCGAGAUGAUGCCGCUGAAUCCGAUGACGGAGAAGAUGAGUAAGUAUUUACAGACUUGUCUGAGCUCUUCGCAAAGCAAACAAUAGAUUAAAGACCUGGUAUCAUCCUGUCGGGAAAACAAUGAGCCCUCUGUCGCAUCGAAAAUCGCAUCGCCGCCGAGAAAAUGAAUUGUGUCGCGGCCAAAUCAAAUUUCUUUUCACUUCAGCGGCAUGACCGGCGCAGCGGCAUUGUCGUCAUUAUUUUCCCGACAAGCUGAUAUUAUUAUUAUAUUUUCGUGCGUAGACUUUAUGAGUCCCCCGCACCGCAAGGACGUAGAUGACCAAAAAUUCUGGGGAGAGCGGCACUGUGCUCAUUAUUUUUCCGACAAACUGACACCAGGCGCGCCAUAAAGUCCGUAGAAUCCUACGCGAUACGUUUUUUUUCGCGGGCACACCCCACGAGGUGGCCAAAAAAAAUUCGGCGGACUUUGCGCGACAAGUGUGAAGUCUGUCUGGAAAAUAAUGUGAAUUCAUCGCAUCUCUGGGAUAGGAAGUUUUUUUGGUCAUACAGUGGGGACCUGAUCCAGUGGCAAAAAACGUGCCAUUUUGCAUUCGAGAGGUAUCAAAAAUGUGGCAAAAUGCUUCCCUCUCCAAGUGAAAAAACUGCGAUUUCAAAAGCGCGCCCGCUCUUUUUUUGAGUGAAAGGGCGCGAAACGAAGUUUUUUCACUUGGAAGGGUAAGCAUUUUGCCACAUUUUUGAUGCUUCCCAGAUGCAAAAUGGUAUGUUUUUGCCACUGGAUCGGGUCCCCCACUGUAUCUUUGCCAGUUUGGCACGAAAAAAAUUAAUUUUUUGUGGAGGCCUUACUCUUUUCGGCAGAGACAGGCAUGAAAGCUUUUAUGCCAACUUUCCUUAAAAUGAAUAUGUAUAUUACACUUAUACUACCCUAUUUUCUUUCCAGAAGACCUGUUCAAAGAAACCCUUCCUACCGCUGACAUUAAAGAAGAGCUGCAGGAGGGUCUGUCGGUGAUAGUCGCCAUUGACGACUACGCAAUCGGAUUUUCGACCGGAUUUAAAGGCGAGGUCAAAGAAGCCGACGAAACUUUCACUGGAUUCAAGGCUGACUAUGCCGAAGGUAAUUUUUACUACCCAUUUUGUUCUUUACUACAAAUUUUUUUGUCGUAUUUCAGACUGCAACGCGUUAACCAAAGUUCCGGCCGAAGCGCGGAUGAUCAAAGUGAUGAUAAAAGAGCUGCGAAAAGUCGUCAAAUUCCACAUUCCAAUUGGCCCCUACUACUCGAUUAGUCGAAUUUCCAUUCAAAAGGAGUUUCUCGGCCACGGUUUCGGGAAGAUUCUGUGGAGAGAAUCGAUGCGAUUGGCCAAGAAAAACGGGAUUUUGUAUGCUCAGGCCGAGUGUUCGGCGGUGAAUUCUACGAAAUUGGCGGAGAGUGUGAGUCGCUAUUGCCACAUGUGAGGUCCCUGACCCAGUGGCGAAAAACGCGCCAUGUUGCAUCCGGCAAAGCAUCAAAAAUGUGGCAAAAUACUUCCUUCUCCAAGUGAAAAGCCUCCGAUUUCAAAAGCGCGCCCGCUCUUUUUGUGAGGGAAAGGGAGUGCCCUUCAAACAGAAGUUUUUUUCACUUGGAGAAGGAAGCAUUUUGCCACAUUUUUGAUGCUUCCCGAAUGCAAAAUGGUACGUUUUUUGCCACUGGAUCAGGUCCCUGAUUGUACUGUCCCAGGCGAAACCACAAAAAAGCCCCUCACUGUACCGUCUGUCGGGAAAAUAAUGUGGAAUUUUUGCAGCAAAAAGUUUUGCGAUUUUUCGUCGCAGUCGCGCAUCAAACCUCCAGCCGUCGCAAAGCGAUCAUGGGCAAUUUCAAAGCGCGACAAAUCCACAUUAUUUUCCCGACAGACGGAUUAAACUCGAUUUUUUGUCUUGACGUAUUUUUACACAGUUCGGUCGGCGUCGCGAAAUGGCUUUCGCGACAUACAGUCAGCACAGUGCGAAUAAAAAACGCACUGUGCAAAUCCAAUCCUUUCCAAAAACAUUCACUUCGCACUGUGCGCGGUCGGUGUGCACUGUGUAUUUUACUCGCCGCCGUGCGACAAGUUGUUCGUGCGACAGCGCACCGUGCAGACAUUCCAAGACUUUUUUGUUCGGAUUUUCGGCCAAUUUCAGUCUGUCGGGAAAAUAACGGCGGAUCGUCGCGCCUCGGAAUCGCCCAUCAUCGCUUUGCGACGGCUGCCGAAGCUGGAGAUUUGGCGCGCGAUAGUGGCGAGACAUUUUGAUGCGACGAUCCGCCGUUAUUUUCCCGACAGACUGAUAAUGUGGAUUUGUCGCUCCUUGAAAUCGCGCAAAAUCGAGAGAUUUGAUGUUAGACUGCGACAUUAUGCUGCGACAGCUCCACAUUAUUUUCCCGACAGGCGCAUAACAACGCCCAUUAAAUAAUUUCUGCGUAUUUCGCCAUAAUCAUUGCGAAUUUUUAGCUGGGCCUGCGCACUGUUUUUGUCUUCCCAUUUGAUCGAGCAAUCGUGAAUGGAAAACCAGCGCUACCGCUCAGACUUCGAGAUGGAUUAACUGGCUUGAACUUGCUUGUUGGAAAAAUCGACGUUUGA